GGUCGGAUGAAGGCCGGGUUCGCGCUACCAAAGACCCGGCGCGUCAUAAAUCUUUCGCUCAUCAACACGAAAUAGAAUUAUCCACGUCAGAAAGUUUUGCGAGCCCUUGCAAGUUGCCUGGCAUUGGUGUUUUAUUUAUUUUCCUAUUGAUUCCGACACCAGUGGCUUAUGUAAGAACCGGAGAGCCCGCAACCGAACUCAACACGAUGGCCGUACGGCAGACGGCGAGCAGAUUGCUUUCUGCCACCACCAGGGCUAGUGCCAGUAGUGCCGCUGGAUCCGCCAAAGACGUUGGGGAAAGUUUGCUAGCCAUGGCGCGGAUCAUCCCUGGAAUUUUCAAACACUCUCGCUGCCGGAACAGCGUAUACCCGGCAAGCGACGUCCGGCGUUAUCCGGUUCCGGACGAGUCGGUAUUCUGGUCGCAGACGUACUCCGACUACCAGCCACCGUGCCACGAAUCACCCAUCCUACAGGGGAAAGAAUGGGCCGAUUUGGAUAUUGAUAACCCUUCUUUCAAACCUAAAUGGAACGAAUUGGACGGGAAGGUCAACCGGGUGAGCUUCAUCGGGGAGUACGAAAUAUGGGACGACUGCCCGUUAAAUCCGUUCGGUCGAACCGGAAUCCGCGGCCGGGGUAUCCUUGGUCGCUGGGGUCCUAACCAUGCGGCCGAUCCGGUCGUGACGAGGUGGAAAACGGACGAAUCUGGUCAGCAGGUGGUAAACCCAGUCAGUGGCAAACGCAUCCUGCAGAUGUGUGCCAUCGAACGGCAGGACUGUGGCGAAUGGGCCAUCCCAGGAGGCAUGGUCGAUCCGGGGGAGAAGGUGAGCGCCACGUUGCGCCGUGAGUUUCUCGAGGAAACGAUGGAUAACGAUGCGGGUGAGGUCGCCGGUGAGGUGGAGCAGUUCUUUGCUGCGGGAACCGAAAUCUACAAGGGCUACGUGGACGAUCCACGCAACACGGACUGCGCGUGGAUGGAGACGGUGGCGGUGAACUUCCACGACGAGUCAGGCUCGGUCGUGGGCCGGUUUCCGCUGCACGCGGGCGACGAUGCGGCCAAGGUGCGCUGGAUGGAUGUGGGCGAAGAGGUGAAACUGUACGCCAGUCAUUCGAACAUCGUAAAACGAGUGGUCGAUAUGCUCGAGGCGCAUUGGUGAGAAUAAAAGCGCCAUCGUGCGCCGGCCGAAGAGGAGGAAAAUUGUUUUCCAAACAUGUUGAUGCGGUUUUACGAGACACGCUAUACCACUGCUGUGUUGCAACUGUUUGGAAAAAAACGAAAACGUGAUAAAACUCGAAAACGAAUAAACACAAAAAAUAUAAAGAAGGUUCGCCGUUUAAAGAACGCUAGACCUUGUGUUUUUUUUACUGGUGA